AAACUUUACACACCCAGAGAAUCGCUCAUUAGAUGAGAAAUGUAGGAAAUUUGCCUACGUUAAAUGGAUAGACAGUGGAAAUGAAAUGUAUUUGAGACCAUCGCCGGUCGUCGUACACGAUUUGACGCCAGAGUUGGAGAAACUAUACCAAACCCCAGCAUCCGUACAACUAGAUGAUCGUGGCUUUGCUGUCUUAAACUCAGAACCACAAUCCUCUCUCGAACCUCUGGAUGAGGAGUCAUGUAUUGCAGAAAUACGAAACUUAUUGAAGGAGCAACUGAACGCCGAAAAAGUCAUUGUCUGGAAUAUACAACAUAGAGAUGGUAAAGGCCAUAGUGAUGGUGCAGAUGGCAAAGAUGCAGCACCUACAGAUUCAGUGCCCGCUUAUCGUGCUCAUGUCGACCAAGAUGCCAAAAGAGCCUACGAACACAUCGAAAGAGAGAAUGGAGGUCCAAUCGAGAAAGACAAACGCGUACAAAUCAUCAACGUUUGGAGACCCUGUUUUGACGGCAUCGUCGAUUCUCCACUAUCGGUGUGCGAUUAUAAGACAAUCUCAAACGAAGAUCUAGGACAUACGACUGAUUUCUUCGGCAGUCACUACAGCAUCCUACACAAUGACAAACAGAAAUGGUGUUAUAUACGCGAUCAGCAGCGCCAUCAGGUUUAUUUCCUCAGAUGUUUCGAUAGCUAUGACGGUAAAGACGGUAGAGCGAGGUUUGUACCACACACAGCUGUAGAAGACAAAGAAAGAGCAUGCGAGAAAGCCAGACAGAGUGUUGAAUUGCGGUGUAUCGUUGUAUCUUAAUUUUUAGAGUUAUAUCUUACUUUUCGACCUAAAUCGAAAGGAAUAUAUCUAUAUUUGAUC